GCGGGGCCUCCAUAAAGCGGCGCGGCCGGCGGGCCCGCGCUCCGGGUCGGCGCCGAGCAUGGUGGUGGGGGCGCCGGCCUCCCGGGCGCUCCUACUGCUGCCGUCGCUCCUGCCGCUGCCGCAGGUGGCGCUGGGCUUCGCGGACGGCAGCUGCGACCCCUCGGACUUGUGCCCGCCGCAGGCCCGCUGGAGCAGCCUGUGGCACGUGGGGCUUAUCUUACUCGCUGUCCUUCUGCUGCUGCUGUGUGGGGUCACAGCCAGCUGUGUCCGGUUCUGCUGCCUCCGGAAACGGGUACACAGCCAGCCACACCUGCCACCAACACCUCAGCCUUGUGACCUGACGGUCAGCCCUAUGGAUAGUGACAGCCCAGUGCACAGCACGGUGACUUCUUACAGCUCUGUGCAGUACCCACUGGGCAUGCGGCUGCCCCUUCCCUUUGGGGAGCUGGACCUCGACUCCAUGACCCCUCCUGCCUACAGCCUGUAUGCCCCUGAGCUGCCACCCUCCUAUGAAGAGGCUGUCAAGAUGGCCAAACCCAGCCAGGAAGAGCCACCCCCCUCUUAGUAACCCAGUCCUCUCCCUGGGGCCUGAGGCCUAGAGACAUCGGCAGGGCUUCAGGAGCCAGGCGCCAAUGCCCAACACCCCUGGCUAUAGCCCUGGUACCCCUCAAAGGCAGAGGAAAACUCUCUUGAACCUCCCAAUUCUGCCAGCUACCCUAUGCUCAGAGGGGACCGGUGCAAGGACCCUUGCAGCCAGGGACCCCCCAGCACAUCCCUGCCAUCCUUCCCCAGGGAAGGCCAGCCCGUCCAGCACAUUGCUGCAGCCCUGGCCUUGUUGCUUUGUAACGCCAGGCAGCCCAGCCAGCUGGCC